GCCCCGAGUCAUCUGCGCAGGCUGCAUGUUUCAUGGACAGCCUACUAUCACUGGUGUCCAGCGGCAGCCUCCUGGAACUGAAGGGGCCUGGACUGGUGACAGACCAGACCAGCAACGCUUAGGCGGGCAUGAGCGACGGUCCUAUGGGCGCAUGUUUAUAGGCUAGUCAUUUUUAGCGAUGUCAAAGAGCCUGAAGAAGAAAAAUCACUGGACCAACAAAGUCCACGAGACGGUCCUGUCCAGAAGUAAAGAGGGAGAGCUGGGGUUUGAUUUGAAAGGGGGCGCGGAGAAUGGGCAGUUUCCGUUUUUGGGUGAAGUGAAACAAGGUAAGGUGGGCAUCCAGAGCGGUAAACUGUCCCAGGACGAGCUUCUUCUGGAGGUCAACGACACGCCGGUGGCCGGGCUCACCCUCAGGGAUGUACAUGCCGUAAUCAAGCACUGCAAAGAUCCCGUACGUCUGAAGUGUGUGAGGCAAGGAGGUGUUGUAGACAAGGAUCUCCGUCACUAUCUAAACCUUCGCUUCCAAAAGGGUUCUGUGGACCACGAACUUCAACAGAUCAUCCGAGACAACCUCUACCUCCGCACUGUGCCCUGUACUACAAGGCAGCCUAAGGAGGGAGAGGUUCCGGGGCUGGACUACAACUUUGUAAGUGUUGACCGGUUUAUGGAAUUGGAGAAAAGUGGAGCUUUACUUGAAAGUGGAACAUAUGAAGAUAACUUCUAUGGCACGCCCAAGCCGCCGGCCGAGCCCUCUCCCAUGCUCUUUAAUGUGACGGACCAGCUUCUGCCCGGAGCCCGACCCAGCGCCGAGGGGAAGAGGAAGAGGAACAAGUCCGUCAGCAACAUGGAGAAGGAGAGCAUCGAGCCGCCCGAGGACGAGGAGGAGGAGAGCCCCGUCGUCAACGGCAACGGCAUCGCCAUCACCCCAGAGUCCAGCGAGCAUGAGGACAAGAGCACAGACGCCUCGGGGGAUGUGCCCCCCCAGCCCUGCCCGCCCCAAACGCCCACCCUCACCACCACCGACGCCCCCGAGGAGGAAGAGGAGGAGGAGGAGGAGGAGGAAGGAGAGGCCCCCAAAUCUCUCGCAGACUCGCAAGACAACGACGAGUUGGGCCCGCUGCCUGACAACUGGGAAAUGGCCUACACAGAAAAGGGGGAGGUCUACUUCAUCGAUCACAACACCAAAACUACGUCGUGGCUGGAUCCUCGGCUCGCUAAGAAGGCCAAGCCACCAGAGGAAUGCGAGGAGGAUGAGCUUCCUUAUGGCUGGGAGAAGAUUGAUGACCCUAUAUAUGGCAGUUACUAUGUGGAUCACAUCAACAGAAGGACCCAGUUUGAGAACCCCGUCCUGGAGGCCAAGCGGCGCCAGCAGCAGCAGCAGCAGAUGCAGAGCCAGGGCCUGUCGGCACUCCCCCUGCCCACCAUCUACAGAGAGAAACCUCCCUUCACGCGGGACCCCACCCAGCUCAAGGGCAGCUUCCUGUCCACGGCGCUGCAGAAGAGCAACAUGGGCUUUGGCUUCACCAUCAUCGGCGGCGACGAGCCAGACGAGUUCCUGCAGGUCAAGAGCGUCAUCCCCGACGGUCCGGCCGCACAGGACAGCAAGAUGGACACCGGCGACGUCAUCGUCUACAUCAACGACAUCUGCGUGCUGGGCACCACCCACGCCGACGUGGUCAAGCUCUUCCAGUCGGUGCCCAUCGGGCAGAGCGUGACGCUGAUGCUGUGCCGCGGCUACCCGCUGCCCUACGACCCCGAGGACCCGGCGGCCAGCGCGGCAGCAGCAGCAGCAGCAGCGGUCAUGCAGCCCAUGGGCCUGGCCGAGCACCCGCUCCUGCUCAACGGCCGCAGCAGCUACGACAACUACAUGGAGUACAUGUCCCUGACCGGACGCCUGCCUGACCAGCAGACGCCCGUGCCCCACCCGGGGGACACACACCUGGACGGCUCGCAGCCGCCCUCCCUCAACGCGCCGGGCGGCUCCGGGGGCGUGGGCCACGAGGACGCUGUGUCCAUGGGCUCGUCGGGGACGGCGGCGGGGGCGGGGGCCGGACAGGGCGUGGAGCUGCUGAGCUUGACCAUGGUGAAGGGCAGCGAGGGCUUCGGCUUCACCAUCGCCGACAGCCCCACGGGCCAGCGGGUCAAGCAGGUGCUGGAGGCCCAGGGCUGCCCGGGGCUGUGCGAGGGAGACCUGAUGGUGGACUUCAACCAGCAGAGCCUGCAGGGCCUCAACCACAACCAGGUGGUGCAGCUGCUCAAGGACUGUCCAGUGGGGACCGAGGCCACCCUGGUCAUCCAGAGAGCCGCCGCAGCAGCAGGUCACUUUUCUCCGUGGGAGGGCUCUAAACAGUGGGACCCCCAGUGCAGCCCCCAGACCAGCCUGUCGGCUCCAGGGAUGCCCCACGGUGCCCCCCACCCCUCCCACCCCCUCCACCGCUCCUCUGUGCCCGACUCGGAGGCCUUCCAUCUCAGCAAGCCCGACCCGUACGACCUGUACGAAAAGUCCCGCGCCAUCUACGAGAGCCGGCAGCCAAUUCUAUCGCGGUUUCAUUUCCUUUCAGACGCAACAGGACCCGAGUACCAGGAGGUGGAGGUCCACUUGCUGCGGGAGAAGACCGGCUUCGGCUUCCGGAUCCUGGGCGGAGACGAGGCGGUGCAGGCUAUAGUAAUCGGGGCCAUCAUAGAGAACAGCCCUGCGGAGCGCGACGGGCGCCUGAGGCCAGGGGACGAGCUGGUGUCUGUGGACCACAUGCCCGUGGCGGGGAGACCCCACCGAUACGUCAUUGACCUCAUGCACGCAGCUGCUCGCAACGGUCAAGUCACCCUCACGGUCAGGAGACCAGUCCAUCUAGGUGAACUAUGUCCAGAAAACGGCGCUUCGGUUGCAGCUGUCUCUGGCUUGGCCCAGCACAGCUCCCCGCGAGGGCACGGCUGCCCCGUCAACCUGCCCCCCACCACCGACGUGCUCAUCCACCGCAAGGAGAGCGAGGGCUUCGGCUUCGUCAUCAUCAGCUCCCUCAACAGGCCCGAGAACAGUGCCACCAUCACAGUGCCACACAAGAUCGGCCGCAUCAUUGAAGGCAGUCCAGCUGAUCGCUGUGGAAAACUCAAGGUUGGGGACCGCAUCAUGGCCGUCAACGGACAAUCCAUUAUCAACAUGCCACAUGCUGACAUUGUCAAGCUAAUAAAGGAUGCUGGCCUCUCUGUUACUCUCCACAUCAUCCCUGAAGAAGAUGGAAAUGGACCACACUCUGCACCCACCUCAGAGAAGCAGAGCCCCAUGGCCCAGAAACACAGUCCCCAGGCCCAGUCCAGCCCAGCGGCCCACCAGAGCCCCUCCGGCCCCCAGCAGCCCCUGGCCACCAGCCAGCCCAGUCCCCUGGUCACAGAGGCCGGCCCCGGCGUGGCCCAGAGCAGCUCCAUGGUGGCCACGCAGCCCAGCCCAGCUGCACCUCAGCCCAGCAUGGAGGGCCUCCAGCCCACUCCCACGGCCCCUCAUCCUGUGUCUGUGGUGGAGCCCUGCAUCUCCAUGGCGGCUCCUUGCCAGGUCACCUCAGUGCCAGUCCCCCCCCAGCUAUACCUCCAUGACAGCAGGUCAGAGGUGAAAGCGCGGCAAGAUGUGAAACCUGAUAUAUGUCAGCCUCCAUACACAGACUACCGGCAGCCUCCAGUAGACUACAGACACCCUCCAGUGGCAGACUACCGCCAGCCUCCCACACUGGACUACCGCCACCCCCCUCUCAUCGACUACCGGCAGCACGCAGUCCCAGACUACAGGCCACAGGUGCUGCCACAGGACUUUGAUUACUUCACUGUGGACCUGGAGAAGAGUGUGAAAGGUUUUGGCUUCAGUAUUCGGGGAGGAAGGGAGUACAAAAUGGACCUGUUUGUGCUGAGGCUGGCAGAAGAUGGGCCUGCCAUACGCAGUGGAAGGAUGAGGGUUGGAGACCAGAUUAUUGAGAUCAACGGUGAGAGCACCCGGGACAUGAGCCAUGCCCGCGCCAUUGAGCUGAUCAAGGCCGGGGGGCGGCGGGUGCGUCUGCUGCUGAAGAGGGGCACAGGCCAGGUGCCAGAGUAUGGAUUGGUACCUUCCAACCUCUCCAUGUGCAUGAAAAGUGAAACUCUAGGCUCUCCCUAUUUCUUCAUAAUGGGACACUCAAAAGAUACGACGGUGCCGCCGCCUGGGAUGCUGUCUCUGCAGCCGUCCUUACCCUGCCGGAAGUAGCACCACACCAAAAGCCCAGGACUCAAGCCUCAUCUCAUUCCAGCUCGCACCCCUGACCUCUCCUGCAAGCAAUGACAUUUUCGGUGUGUAAGUGUGACUGUGUCCAUGUGUGCCUUUGAAUGAGAGCGUGUAUGUGUGUGUGUGUGUGUGUAUGUGUGUGUAUGAGUGUUCCUUUGUUAGUCACAUGUCGCCGAAAUGCGGAGGGGUUGCUCUACUCAGGGUGGCAGGCCCACCCGCGGGUCCCUGAGCUGCAGUGUGUGAGAGGGACGCGGCCCCCCGGCCCCCGGCCCCCUGCUGCAGCCAGAGACAGCUUUACGCCGUGCCAGAGACACGGGGGGAGAAGGAGCCCAGCGCUGUGCUGUGUUGUGUUGGGCGCCUCCGCUCCGCACACCUGCAGACUUGCCUCAGUGUGGAUGUUGUUCAGCGUGGAGUAAGCAGGUUCCUGGACCUCAGGCGCAUGCCAACCACAGGGGUAAACAAACCUGAGAUGAGGGCGCGGUAAACCCAGCGAGCGGGACAAACACUUCUUGAGGUUACGGAGGACACAAAGAAAUCCCUCCAAAGGGAGUUGAUAUGCAGUGUGGGAAGAAAACAAAAGCAAACUAAGGCAAACUCCCUCCAUCUGACUGUACAAGGGAUCUUGCUUUCGGUGUUCCUUUUGUGCAACCUAGAUGAGGAAAUCCUUCAUUUUCGCCUCUCUCUUCAUGUUUCUGUUAUGGAUUGCUUUCUAUACUAGACGUUCACUCUAGCCAUUUCAAAAAAAAGACUGUAUUCUCUCCAGAAAGGAGACAAUACAUGCAGUGUAGCAUGAAAGGCCAGUCAAGAAUCCCAGUGGACAAAAUGCAAAUGAUGUAAUGAGUGUAAAGAUAUUUGUGUCCGCCUGAUUGUGGGGGACCCAUAAGUAAGGUCAUUGUUGCAGUCCUACAAUAUGGAGAGCAGAGUGGUGUGCUAGCAGAGAAUGAAUGUUGAAUGGCGUUACAAAUCCAUUUGGAGAUAUAUCAACAGCUCUGCCUUAAAAGGAACUCCUCGAGUUGACCCAAGUGUUAGUACCGUGUAUAUCGGAUAUUCAUAGAGUUGCUGUGAAUUCUUUUUUUUUUAAUCACAUUCUUUCUGUGUGAAAAGGCAAACAAACAAAACUGGAAGAAAAGAAAACCAUGCCACACAGACUUUUGACUUCUUAGGUUGUAAAUUAUUGCGUAUAAAUCAAGACCAAUUUAAUAAUCCAUUUUGUUAAAGCAUAUAGAGACUCAUCUUUGAUUACAUAUCAAAAGUUCUUGGAUUAAUUCAAGACUAAACUGCAAAUGGGCUCUCCUGUGCUCACAUUUUGAGUGUGAGAAGGAAUUGUGGAGUUCUUUCUCAAUUGUGCUCUAUGUACCAAGUCACUCUGAGGGCCAAAGCCACUGUUCUGAAUCCUCUGAGAUGACCCAAUCCUACAGAUCUCCUUAAUUUGGUGAACCUCCUAAUGCUAUUGUGUUGUGUUGCUGAGAAGAGAUGGCUCCAUGUAGCCACAUGCAGGUGCUGAGUUCCUCCAUUCUCCUUUAUGUUUUACGCGUGUGUCACUUCUGAGCUGUAAAAUGUGGUUACUCUGCAGUAGUGAGCCUGAAUAUGUUUUCCUCCUUCUUUUUUCUUCUCAUCGUUCCCAAAGACCAAACAGAGAGAUGAGAAAAAGCAUAGAGAAUGGAGGCAGGCUAGGAGUUGUUAUUUUGAUGCAUGCACACUUGUGUUGAGCUCAGAGAAGCACUUGACAGAGCCGAGUGCCUUAGGAGCAAGAUCUAGAGCAGACAGGAGUGUUGAGAAGCCACUACAGAGGGCUGGCUGCGAGCAGACUCAACACAAGGUGACGUUAACGCAACAGGACCACAUUCACUCCCAUUCAGGACCCGGUUCACUCAGCUUACCUGUACUCUCUUUUGACCGAAAGGAGAUUCACUUCAUAACACUGCAUGUGUGCCAUGACUCCUGAGAUGAGCCACAUUGGUCUCUACUGAUUGAAGUGUCCGUACCAUAGAAAACAGAUUCCCUUGUCUGACUUUGUGGAUCGUAUUGUUACAACAUCAUCCCUGUACUCCCCAGCCCAAUAUAUUUUAAGGUUAGGCUGUGUUCAUGCCUAAAGCCACAUCACCCAGCAACACUGUUCUACCUGUUUGAACAGAGGCCAGUGAAGCUGCUGCUUGCGCCGAACCGAGGCUAAUAAUGGUGCCUUUGGCCCCUAGGGCCCCAGUGGGUACUGUACUGACCGACACUGCUGAAGACUUUGUCAGAUAGGGUUGUGGGAGGAGCACUGCAACAGUGUGGGUGGCAAACAUGUGGUCAAACAUACAGCUUACCAAUUACACUGUGCCCGACAUAUGCCCAAUCAGUGUUCCUGAACAUACGUAUUGAAUUGGAUUUUGAUGGAUGCCGUUAACAACACAUACACAUAUUAUUUGUAUUGCAUUUGUUCAGUGAUGGGAAAAGGUUUUGUUUAGUGUUGCCAUUUUUAGCAUGACUCUAAAGGAAAUCGUUGCUGCUUUUCCAAGUCUGUACUGAGGGAUUCGGGAUGCUAUUCUUGCUGAACCCUGACUUCUGUUCAUCACAAAAAAAGAAACAACUACUGCUCCCCAGCAACCAUUGUUCAUAAUCAAGGUGCCAAUUAUUCUGUCAUUGUAGUAUAUACAGAAUUUACAGGUAGUGCAAGUUGAGAAAUAUAUAUGUAUUAUCAUAUUUUGGUAACUGACAAAGAGAUGACAUCAGUUUCAAAUAAGUUGUAUUAGAGUGCCAAGGAUGCAGAAAAGAACAAACAUCCAUGACAGUAUUUACACAGAAUACUUGAAAGCUAUAUUUUCCCUGUCAAUAAAUUCCUGUUGAUCCCCCAGCACAAAGACAUACAGUAUACUCCAGUCAUAGGUACUUUAGAUUCAGUGCAAUGUGGUAGACAUAUGCUCAUUAUUGCUGUUUACAAGGGACAGAGAAAAGCAUAUAUUGCACAGCUCAUAGCUUUUACUGUUGAAGCUGUUUCCUGCCUGCUGUGAAAAGUUUUUUAUUCUCAGAAAAUAUUGAAUCUGUGAAAGAUGGCACGCUACCGAGGCCCCACUCAGAUCGAUAUUACUGUGUAGUGUUAGAUGUGUAUUUAACUUGUACAGCUGUAUUCCUAUACAUAUGAUUUAAUGUAUUACUGAUAGUUUCAAACACUAAGUGAGCAAAUAUUUUUAUGAAAUGGUACAGUGUGGAUAUACAUUUUUGCUAAGAUCUUGUUUACUGUAUGAUAUUCUGAAAUACUGUCAAAUAAACUCUUGACCUGGUGUAAAGUAUUCAUUUUAUAUUCUCCACCAUACUUCUGUGUCCAGUUGUCCCACGUGUGAGAAAACAGGUAAGAUGUUGAUGGGGGAAUUUAUUGAGUUAGAAUAUGUCAUUGUUACACAAUGAAAUUCUUAAGGGAAAAACUAGACAUCUAUGUUUUCAGCUGCUCAUCAAUUUCAUUGAAUUCUGAAACCAUCUUGUGGUUAUUUUUGUAAUGAACUUCAAUAAAGGUCACUUAC